CUCUGCUACCUGAGACCCCCGUCAGGAUGGAGCGGUGGUCAGGUCGUGUGGCCCUGGUGACUGGUGCCAGCAUGGGGAUCGGUGCCAGCGUGGCCAGGAGGCUGGUGGCUGAGGGCAUGAAGGUGGUGGGAGCAGCUCGUAGCAUUGACAAACUACAGGCCUUGGCAGCUGAAUGCAAGGGUCAGCGAGGCACGCUGAUCCCUAUCAAGUGUGACCUCACCAAGGACGAGGAGGUGCUGGCCAUGUUCGCCAAGAUCAAGAAGGACCUCGGAGGCGUGGACGUGUGUAUCAACAAUGCAGGAUUCACCCACAACAAGUCCCUGCUGGAGGGAAGCCCCAAGGAGUGGCGUGAGAUGAUGGAUCUCAACGUUGUGGCUCUGUGCUUAUGUACGCGCGAGAGUAUUGCUUCCAUGCGAGAACGCGGCGUUGACGAUGGGCACAUCAUCCACAUCAGCAGCAUCGCCGGACACCGUGUCAUCCCUCGUAAAAAGACACACUUCUACACCGCCACCAAGUACUCCGUCACAGCACUCACUGAGGGACUGCGGCAGGAGCUGAGGGAAGCCAACUCCAACAUCAGAAUAUCGGCCAUCAGUCCCGGUUUGGUGGAGACUGGGUUUGCGAUGAAUGCCGGCUUGGUAGAGGAUGCAAAUGCAGCUAUGAAGUACUACAAGGAGCUCGGGAGCUUGAGUGCGGAUGAUGUGACCGCCACUCUUGUCCACAUUCUCGGUGCCCCUCCGCAUGUUCAGAUCCAUGACGUGCAGGUGACUCCCAUAACACAAGUUAUGUGAAUGUUCCUUUCUUUUCCUAGUACUGGGGGGUGAGGGUAGUCGAGAUGCCUGACACCCUAAUGUUUUUGAUAAAUUUUGCCAAAGUCGACACUGAUACACCUACGGCAGGUGCUCAGCAAAUAUUGUAAUGUAAAUAGAAGUUUUAAAAAGCCUAUUUCUACUUGAUUUCGCAAAGCUUUCAUGCAAGAACAAUAUUUGAUGAGGAUAGACUAAUCCCAAGGCAUUUACUUUCUCUCGUUUACCAAUAAAUAGAACAACGAGAAAGAA